CUCGUCCUACCCAGGUCUGUUGUAGCUGCGCGUCCGCGCUGUGUGCGCGCAGAGGGGCAGGCUGCCGUCACGUCCAAUUGCUGCAAGCGGGAUCCUUCUGGCCGGCAGCGGCGAUGUCGGCGCUGGAGUGGUUCGCUCACAAGUCCCUGGGCGGAGGCAUCUAUUGGAUCCAGGAGAGGUUCUACGAGUCGGGCAACCGGGCCAACAUCUGGCUGGUGCGCGGCUCGCAGCGGGACGUGGUGAUCGACACGGGGCUGGGGCUGCGCAGCCUGCCCGACUACCUUCAGUUGGCUGGGCUUCUGAGCCCCGAACCGGCCUUGGGCGGCGACGAGGACCACCGGCGCGGCGAGAAGGAGCCGGCGGGCAGCGGGCGGCGGCCUUUGCUUGCCGUGGCCACCCAUGUCCACUUCGACCACUCGGGUGGGCUGCACCAGUUUGAGGAGGUGGCCGUGCACAGCGCCGAGGCCGCAGCCCUGCGGCGCGGCGACAACUACGAGGCCGUCACUUGGCUCUCUGACAGCGAGGUGGUGCGCCAGCCCAGCCCUGGCUGGACCGCCAGGCAGUUCCGAGUACGGCCCGUCCAGCCGACACACAUCUUGCAGGAGGGGGAUGUGAUCAGCCUUGGUGACAGACAGCUCACUGUCAUGCAUAUGCCUGGCCAUUCAAGAGGAAGCAUUUGUUUGCAUGACAGAGAAAGGAAGAUACUGUUCAGUGGGGAUGUUGUAUAUGACGGCUCAAUGAUUGACUGGCUUCCCUACAGCCGGAUAAAUGACUACGUUGAAACCUGCCAGCGACUCAUAGAGUUAGUGAAUAGGGGCCUUGUGGAGAAAGUCCUUCCAGGGCAUUUCAACACAUUUGGAGCCGAACGGCUCUAUCGUUUGGCUUCUAACUACAUCUCUAAUGCUGGAGUUUGUCACAAAGUUUCCACCUGUGCUAUGAGAUCGAUUGCAAGUUUAGCACUUCGCGCAACGAAUUCUAGAACAACUUCAUAGUACAGUAUAGCAUGUCUAAUAAUGUGCCAUUUUAAAGCCCAAUGGUGUGCAUAAGUUUCUUUAAAGGAAAAGCUGGCGGAUAAGCCAUAAAGAUUCUUAUUUUUAUCUACUUCAUUUCUAUUUUUUAAAAGUAUCUGUAUAAGCUAGUAGCUGUGCCAUAGCUACCUAUCAUUCCUUCUAUUUUUCAAGGCAGGUUUGCACAUAAGUUGAAUGCUGUUGAGAUGUUCUAAAGAAAUUGUUUUGUAUUUCAAGCAUUUUGAAACAUAACAUAUGCUAAAAUGAAAAGGUUUGCACUUGUGUCAAUCUUGAGUUAGGAAGUUGUGUUGAAAGUGUAUUUUAAAUUGCCAAAAUUUAUUAUGAGCAGUACUUGUGGAGAGGGAAAAGUUAAAACAUUCCACUGUCUCAUUGGGUGCACUAAGUUAAUAAUAUCCAAUAAUUUAUUUUUUAUUGUAUGGGGUGAAUGUACACUGCAUUUAUUACCAAAUGUUGAUAUAAAGCACUAUGUCAUACUUGAUGUUCUUGUAGUGUGUUGCAUUUGGCUAUUGUUUCUCAAACAAAUGGCAUUUUUGUGAAUAUUUGAAGUAUAUUGCUUGCUCUUUAAAUGUGACUAAUGGUGUAAGUAUGAGUGUGUAACUUAAAAACUGAGUCAAGGAUGAUUAAAGGAUCUGGGUUUCUUCAGUGCAACAGCUGGAGGAACACCUCAGUUCUAGUGAGUGGCAAAUCGUUUGAUGGACAGUUGUGAAUUUGGUGGGUCCCAGGAGACUGCAAAAGGAUAUUUUGUGGUAGUUGGUUGACAAAAGCAACACCUCUUUGAGUCCUGGCCAUCCAUUGCACAUUACAGGUGUGGGCUGGACUUAAGAUAAAAAUUUAGCAACUCCAAAUGACAUCUUCCUCUUUUGUUUCUCUUUUCUUAUCUCCAUUUUGCAUGAUAUGCAUUUUCAAGGAACUGAAUGGAAACCUUGCCUUUUUCAAUAUAAAAAUUCUAUGUAACCCUCUGGAACAUUUCUACUUCCUUGUGUGAAACUGGAUUUUGGAUCCCGUAGCUGUGGAGCUGAAACUAACUUAAUCCUUUGGAACUCAGUGGGAAGGAUGUUAACAAUGGCCCUUGCAAAAACAGAAUGGUUUCAGGAUUACGAUGAUCAGACACGUUUUUCAUCCUUCCGGAACUUAAUUGCACAGUAUUUCCCCACAUCAAAGAGCACUGCAUAUAUGGAGUCUGAGCUCCACUGUAUGCAGCACUUUAGCCCUGAGAGGUCUCAAGGGUGGAUAGAUGGAUGUAGUCACUUCUUUAAAUGUUAACAGUGCCUAUUUCCUGUUGUAGACUGGAGCAGAACAAAAAGAAAGAUCAGAGCCGACAGUGAAUGACCAUUCAGCAUAGCAUUUAGCAAUUCUGUUUGGCUAUAAUGUUGUGUGGAGUUCGCACCAAAUUCAUGGAUGAAUAUCUAAGGUUGCAGGUUGCUUUAGUUUGGCAGUUAGCUUUGGAAGUAUUGGUUGUAAUAGCAAAAACCAUAAGUAGCUUUAAAUACCAAGACAACAUGCACCCCCAACAGUGUAAGCUUAAAGUGUUAGGAACAGCAGUAUCAAAAUUAGAAUAAAAAUUUGUAAAUUGUAACUUGUUUCAAGUUGAGAGGUGGUGCAGUGAUAACCUUAUUAAGGCACAAUUCUGUGCAUAUUUAGACAGAAAAAAUACCCAAAACUCCUAGCUGGCUGAAGGAUGCUGGGAGUUGUAGGACUUUUUUUCUGUUUAGACAUGCAUAAGGUUGUGCCCUUAAUUGUGACCAAGAGAGUUGCCAGAUUUUGCACUUCUUAUCCUAUCCCUCCCUUCCCAAAUGAGGCCUGUGUUGACCAUGUUUGUGUCCACAGCAUUUUAAAAGCACAUCUACGGCUAAUCUUGCUCCUAUUUAACCAAGAUUUGCAACCCAUUUGGGGCUGGCCUUUGUAAACUCCUAGUGCCUUGUUUGUUGAUUUUGCAGAAAUGUGGACCUUUUGAAUUGAACAACUAUGAAGUGAUUUUGUUCUGGAACACUGCUGUGGCACUAAAGCUGGAUUUUCCCAAGUAAAUGGAACUGCCUAUUUUCCCCCCCUCUCCACCAUGCCAUGAAAGUUCUUUUCUCCAAUGCCUUAGAUUGUUGACAGUUGGUGGAUUGCUUAUUGUGAUAAAAAAAAUCUGCUAAAGACUACUUGGGUUGCCAAAGAUUAGUUUUAAAUAAAAGGACAGAGUUUGUGCAUUUGAAAUAUUACUUUCAGCUUCUCUAGCAAACAGCUACUAGAGGUCACCUCCUGAUUUUUAGACUGAAUGUCUGCUUUGUCUAAAUUACUUCUCAAAACACUACAUUACUUGAGAUCAGUUACUAUAUGUAGUUCUUGGAAAAUGUAAUUGGAUGAGAAGGAAAUUCACAUCCUGAUACUUAAUUACGUUUGCUGAGAAGCAAAUCCUUCUCUGUUCAGUGAAACCACAUUCCUUUUUAGUGUUUUGAGGAAUGCAGCCAGUCCAAGUUGUAGCUUUGACACACUGCAAUGCUGAAUUAGUGUUGGUUAAGUACAAUCCUAGAGUGUGACUGUUAUUAUAUAAUCUAAUUUUAUUGUCUUAAUUAUUUUUAUAUUCUAAAACCAUAAGCAUUUCUGAAGUUAUUAAAGUUCUUGACCUUAAUCAUUGAGAUGUAUCAUAUAUUUUCACUUCAAAUAUUAUGGAGUGUGUGGCAUUUACUACUGAAGAUCCAGACAACCCUACAGAUUUGAUUUUUGUCUGCUUUUAAUAGUGUAAAACCAGAUUAUAACCUAAUUCAGACAAAGCACUUGGAGUUAAGGGUAUAUUACCAGUUCAACUGUUUUUACUUAACUGGGUCAAAAUUAUGCUGUAAGAUCAAGUUUUAAAGGAAUUUUUAAAAUGUUGUAACACUGCACUACUGAUAAAACUUUACUAAUAGCAUAUGCCACUGUUUCAAGGAAAAUGGUAUAUUAUUUUAUCAUAAAUAUUGAUAAUAAAAGAAUUGUAACACAAAA